GGAGCAGUUCCAAAGGCGACGCCUCGUCACGGAACUCGUCCUGACCGAAGCGGGAAGAGAGUGACAAUAACAAUGUCCUGGUCUUCGUAUUAUCUGUAACAGUUAUUAAAUAGGAAUGGUGCAGUAAUGGAUAAAAUACUCCUCUUCAUUGCGACAGAACGGCAGAAUGUAACAGUCAAGAAUGAAUUAAGGAAAACUGUUAGUUUAAUAAAAGACACCAAGGAAAAACGACAAGCUUCUCACCUUGUACGUCUAGCCUCGGCUGUUGUCGUUGGGAGUGAAGAUACUGUGACCAGUGCUCACGAUGGACAGACCCUUACUCUUUGGCAUGAUGUAUCAAAGGAGGAGCCUUUGCAAGAACUAGAAAUAAAUUAUCGAGAGGAUGGACAAGAAGGUGAAAAAAUAAAUGACGAAGAUCUAUUUCGGUACAAUGACUUUUUCCUCUUGGCCGAAGCCCUCCAUAAUUUUGCAGAUAAUUUGCAAGAAAUUGGAAGCUAUCUCUUAUAUGUAUUUUGGUGCGUUGAUAAAUAUACACCAAAUCCAAGUGAGGUUCCAGAGUAUUUUGGAGCAUUGAAGAGACUCAGUCAGUGGCAUCAUGGUGCUUUGUACAUAAUUUGUGAAAAAGCUGAAGUAGUUAAUGAAUGGAGUGACUUUUUGCCUCUUCACAUCACAAAUGAAACCUCUUCGGUUGUUAGAAGUGUAUUUGACUUGUUUUGGAGAGGUCAUUUAACGUUUUCUUUAGAGGGAAAUGGAGACACUGUGCAGCUCCCAGAAAGUGUCAUCGCCUGUACCAGUGGACUUCCUGUGUUAGGAACAGAUCCUGCCCAGGAUGCGCUUUACAUGUUACCAACUGCUGAAGUUGUUGCAGACUUUGAUGUUGGCACAUUACCUUGGAUAUAUUUUCGCCUUGGCAGCACAUAUGAAUUGAGUGCUGCACAACAUAUAGAUCCAGAAGAGUAUGAAGAAGUCGUUGCAAUGAUCAAUGCCCUAACUGCGCAACCAGGGAUGGCAACCUUGAUACGCCUUCGUUAUUCCUCUCUGCCUCCUGCGAUGGAAGGGAUCAAAGCCUUGACAACUGUAGAGUGGAAACGAAUUAAUGUAGAGGGACAGUUUGAUCUUGUUCCUAAACUUCAUUUUAAAGGCUACCAUUUAAUUCUUAAUAUGAUUAUUCUCAGCGAAGGAGCAGGCCACGGUAAAGCUGCAAUGAUUAUGUUACAAGAACCAAGUACUUGUGGAGAAGACGUUCUCAAGUUAUAUGCUAAUGCCAAGCUUGGUGUUCAGGAGAGGGGGAAGAGUGAAAUAGAAACUGUAAUGCAGCUUUUAAGGGAAACCCCAGGAAUGUCGUCUUUACAUAUGGCAGUUUUGUCUCAUUUAUCUUGCAAUUUGCCUAAAGAGAUUAAACGCCGUUUAGAUAGGGUUGGUCAUCUUGACAGAGAAUUUGAUGAUGACACAAAGAGAGCUGUAGAGGCUGCAGCCAGUGAAGAGUUCCUUCGAUGUUUGCUGCUAACUCCAGCUCCUCCUCAUCAUUUACGGGACAGCUUUCGCUCUGUCCUUCCAGAAAUAUCAGCAAGUUGCAACAAGUGGCCUGAAUAUUUGGCACUGCUAGAAUCAGAAGCAGAAAUAAUUUCACGGAAUCAGCAGUGUGCAGGUGACUUGUUGGGAGGAUUGGCACCACCUCCACAGUCAGAAGCGAUGCUUGCUCUUAAUGCUUCACAACUUGUUAAGCUCUUUACAAAAAAUGGUUCACCAGCUGAGCAUGUCAAACGAAAGAUGACUAAACACACUUCCUCUGGUUGCCACCUGUUUAAGACUAAAUCUACCCUCACGGAGGUGAAAAGUCUAAAGUGGCCUGAAUCUCUGUAUUCCCAUCACCAUGGCAUAUACUAUAACAUAGAUGAACGACAUGAAAAGUUGACUGAAGAAUGUAAUCGUAUAAAGAAUCGAUAUAUCAUCCAAGAAACUGCUUCAACAUGUAGCUCGUAUCAAGAUAGGGAGUCUGCGUAUGUUACGGUUUCAUCACACAAAUCCAAAAGUAAGGAGCCUCAGCUUCAAGGUAAAACUGCAAAUUCCCUGGAGAAACAUAGAAGUCUGAGGCAACUUGGCUCCCGUUGCAGUGAUGAUACACUUAGUUUAAGAAGUGGACAGAGUUCAAGAUGUAAUCGAGGUCCACUGAGACGAUCUCCAAGAAAGCAUUUUCAACAAAGAUCCCCUUCAAAAAAUGCAAACAGUGGAAUAAGAGAGAAGAGGUCUUCAGGACAUCGAGAUUUAAUGAAGCCAUCAGAGUUAUUACAGCCAACAAGAUCCAGAGUUCCACCGAGAAAUAGUUCCAAUCCUUAUAAUAAAAGUGCACCUAAACCAGCUGAUCUAAGUGAUUUGCACAAACAGAAACUGCGAGUAGCUGUUGUAGAGUCACUUGAAAGUGAAGGUGUUAAAAUGAAAGAUCCUCUGUUUAAGGUCUGUUUCAAGAAACUGUUUGCAGUUUGUCGGCCAUUUGCCCUCGAUGUAAUUGGUCAUGGUUCCACAAGCAAAACUAUGGAGAAAAUAGCAAAAUCCCAUGUGAAACAAGUAAUUGAAUUUGAAAAACUAAAAUCCAAAAGAAAAUAGUAUGGACAAUUUCUUAAUCCUUAUAAUGCACUUGCUUUUAAAUGGUCGUUGGUGUCAGAGCUAUUGGUAAUGUUUGUCAUAGGUUAAACUUCUUGUAAAAUAAAUAUUUUUUCUGGUUUUUAUAAAAA